GUUACCAAGAUGGCUGCUUGGUGGACUUGAGUCUUUGCAAAAUCAAAUAUAAUUGUUGUAUGAGCAUUAUUGGAUACAAUAACAAGUUAGCAUGCCACGUUUGUGUGCUUUCUGCGGCUGUAAUAAUCGAGUGGGCUGUGGGCUUUCGUUUUUCGCAUUCCCAAAGGACAGUACAAGGAGGCGCAAAUGGCUUCUUAAUUUGAUGAGGGCAGACUUAUCCCCCGACCUGACGAGAGAAGAGUCCGACAGAGCUGGGUAUGUGGUCUGCGAACAACAUUUCAGGCCAAAGGACAUAAACUCAAAGGGUAGAAGAAAACGUCUGGCUCCUGAAGCUGUCCCCAUCCUUCUGCACACUAUAAAGGAGGAACAGAGAGAUUUGGAGAUGCCUUCUACUGAUGUUCAUGCUCCAGUGCCUCUGCAAGACACACCCCCAUAUGAACAGGUUGUGGCAAUGUUUAACAAGCUGCUGGCAGAGAAGGAUGAGAAAAUCAAGGAUCUGAAAAGCAUUCUGCAGAGAGAGAGGGCCAGAAUGCGGCUGAUGAAGUUCCGUAUGAACAGCAAAAUCAGAGAACUGAAAAGAAAACUUGAACAGCAGCAGAACAGUAGCGGUGACCAAGGCGACCAGCUGACUGCUGCCUCCGACUGCCUUCCACAGGCAGCAAAGGAGUUUUUUGACAAGCAAAUAGCCAUGGCCAGGGUGAGGAAACACGGCCAGAGAUACGACAAGAAACAAAAGGACAUGGCAAUCCAGCUGUACAAACAGAGCCCAAGCUGUUACUCUGAACUCCAAAAAAUGUUUCAGUUACCGUCUUCAACCACUCUGAGGAGGCACCAGGUGGUCAGUCAGGAAGCGAGUCCAAGUGAAGAGGAGGAUCGGGAGCCUUUGGGAUGGCCUGCCAGUCACAAGGACACACCGGGUGACCCAGAGAGAGGUGAGGAGGAGAAACUUGCUGAUGUAGCUGGAUGGGUGGUGCAGAAAGUGGCUCAAGAUCCAGAAGUCAGUGCUUGUGCCGAAUGUGAAAGUUUGCUUGUGGAGACCAAUGACACUGAGCACAACUAUCACACAUGGAUGGAGAAGGAUGCCGUCUCAGCUGUGAAGAAAAGCCCAACCUCUGCCAGGCUGCUUCAUCCAUCCGAAGCUUUCAAAGAAUGCAUUUCCAAAUGUGACAGUGUCAUCCAAAAAAUCCCCCCAAAUGCAAUGGCCCCGAAGAAAUUAAAGUCCUACCUCAGAGCCAGCGGUGCUUUCAGUGAGCUCCACCGCAUCCAUCCUGCCCACUCAAAGGCCAUCGAGAGGGUCGCCUUGAAUAAAUAUGUGAUGUGCAGGGUGGUGGACGAGCUGAAAGAAACAGCACAAAACAGAAAACGCACACAUGAGAAAAAAAGUGCUGCGUGUCAAGAGCUAAAUGUUAGCACCCUUGAAGUAAAUCAGGACUAAAUAAAUAUCAAAUGACGUUAAUUUGAUAAUAAAUUAUUUUAGGCCAUUCUAACUUGUCUGUGUUGUUUCAAGCUUUCCUGCACUUGACCUAGACGGAUUUAGUUUUUCAAUUUCAGUUCAAUUUUACAUAGUGCCGUGCCUAAAGGCACUUAUUGUAAAGUAAAGACGCUACAAUAAUACAAAGAAAACCCCAACAAUCAGCUGUUUCAGUCUCCAUCGCUGUAUUUUAGCUGUCCGGUGCGUGUACAUGGGUGUGUGAAGAAACUCUAGCCAGAGAAAACAUGAUAUAAAUGAUUUAAAUCAGUGGAACUUUUGGUUGCUUCCUUAUUCUCCUUAUUUUACCACAACACACAGAUCCAUGUAUAAUUUGACUCCGAUUUUCCAUUGGAUGCUAUUCCUGACACAAGCCUCCUAUAAACCCAAGCUUGGGCCUGACACUGGGUCUAGCUUGUGACCCCUGAGGUUCAGUUUGUGUCUCCUGUUCUUGCACUGGGGUUCUCUUGGCUGUAAUGUGAAUGUGGCAACUACCAAACUAGAUAACAUCCAACAUUUUAGUGCUACAUUGAAUCUCCUGGAGUGAACCAAACGUAAAGGGAUCAACUGUAGACUUGGGAAAAGGAAGGUUUAACUGAUCUGCUGCUUACAACUGCUGAAUUGUGACUGUAAUUGAAUGAUGGACACAGCCACAUCAACCACUGGUUUUGGCUGCAGCCUGUAUUAAAAGCACAAUUUCAUCUUAUCCAGGUAACUUUGGGGUUAAAACUGGAUUUUCUGUACUACAAAGUUGGUUCUCUUCUUACUGGGGCAUACCAACAUCUGGUCCUAGGUAACAACACAUGACUUGACUUUUUCCCCUUUUCACUGCAAACAGUUUUGUUGUUCUAUAAGCAUUAACAUAUAAACCAGCACACCUGUUUGUACUGUACAGGUAGACUAUGCCUGCGUUUGAACUCUGGUUUUGUUUUUGUGCUUUACUUGCUCUCAGACUAUGAAACAUUGGGGCUGCAGCUUUCCAAGAAUAAAAACUGAGGUGACUGCUGUUAUGGUUUGGUGCUGCAUAAAUAAAAUGGAAUUGAAUUAAA